AUGAAGGGAAAGGCAUUGGUAAAGAAUAGAUUUUUUGUGGGAUUAUUUCUCUUAGUGGUAUUUCUAGUGGUGAAUCUGUUGAUAUUGAUAAAAAAAGAAAAUUUCAAUGAUUUGCAAUUUGUUGAUAAGAUAGGAUUGAAAGGUUUUUUAACAUUUGGGAAAACAUCCAAAGAUAUUACAAAAUUACCUUUCCCCUUAUCACAGUCAUUGGUCAAUAGUAAUUUGUUUCAUAAAUUCAGAUUCAAAUCUUUUAAACAAUAUUCAAAAAAAGAUUUGACUUAUGAUUUGUCUUUUGAUGACAAAUAUUGUGAAGAAAUGGUGUCAGACCGUGAAUUAUCCAUCUCUAGAGAUAAGUUAUUACCUGUAGAUUUUGAAAUAUUGCAAAGGAACAUUUACAGUAACACUUUUUAUAAGAAAUUAUUGGAAGAAGCUGUUCAUAAACAUAAAUCCAAGAUUCCUAUCAAAAAACAAUGGCUAAGGUUUGGUGGUUCAUCAGUUUGGCUUCAUGAUUUACAAGUUCAUUAUAUGGUUAGCAGGUUGAUAUUCUCUCCUUCGGGAGUCCCAAAUAAAGGAAUAUUCAGUUUCCUUUAUGUUCAAAUUUUUGACGAAAAUUGGAAUGAAUUAUUUCAAACGUUGAAAGUCCCUGAAAUUGUUAGAAUCAAACAAGAAGGAUAUACCAAUGAUGGAUUUAAUGAUGACGUUCUUUUGAAAACGAAAUUAUCUUCACAAAAUUUACAAUUCCCAAUGAUUUUACCAAUUCAAUUCGAAUAUGUUUUGGAUUCUCCAUAUUGGGGCCCAGAAGAUCCAAGAAUUGUUAAGAGGAAUAACCCAAUUUUUGGCUUUGAAGAACCAGUCAUUGUUUUCAAUAUGAAAGGUAUUAAAUUACCUAAUAGAGUGAUGUAUAUUUAUACACCUUAUUCCCAUGAUAUUAAACCUUUAGUUAAAAAAGAUCAUUCAUAUGCCUCAACUGAAAAGAACUGGACUCCUUUCUUCAGUAAUCAGUACUUAAACGCUGAUGGUAAAGGAACUUCCAAACUUAAUUUCUUGUAUUCUUUGAAACCUUUAGAGGUUUUAACUUGUGAUAUAGAUACAGCCAUUUGUGAAUUUGUUCAAAAAGUAGAAAAGGACAAUAUUAAUCAUUUCGGAUCUUUAAGAGGUGGUACACAAUUAGAGAGUCUUCCAUUAAAUGACAUAUUACCUGAAAAUUUAAGAAUUAAAUUUCCUUUGGGUCGUCAAGUUUAUGUGGGUUUUGCGAGAACUCAUUUGAAUAGAUGCGGCUGUGGUGAGUCCAUGUAUAGACCAAAUUUAUUCCUUUUGAUUGAGGAUAUCGAUGAGGGUACUGGGAAAUCUUUCUUCAAAAUUGGGGAAGUUUCUGAUUUCCUUGAUUUUGAUGUUCAAUUACCACCAUGGCCAAAACCUGAAUUAGAUGAUAACGGGAAAUUAAUCGAAACAAAACUUUCAGUUUGUGAUGAUAAGUACAGAUCUGUUUUGAUUCCUAACUCAAUUGCAUACUGGGAUAUAAACUCCAUCAAAUACAAAGGUAUAAAUUAUCCAAGAGACCAAUUCAAACAACUUUCAGAAUCUGUUGACAGUAUAGAUGAUGUUGAAUUCGAUGAUUACUUGGGAGUCACUUUAUCAGCCGCUGAUAGUGAUGUGAGAAUUGUUCAUGUCAAAGGUUUGUUGAACUACAUUAUGAACGAACCCACUUUAUUCGACAAAAAGGAUGUAGUUCAAUAUGACUUUUUGUUAAAAUUGAGUACGGAUUUCAACGAAAGAUGUAGUGAGAUGGCAUCAAAGGAAUACUGUGUAGCAUAUGGUAAAGCCAAUCCACCUAUUAUUUCUGAGGAAGAGAAGAAAAAGCAAGAAGAAGAGAAGCAAAAGCAAAAGGAUGAAAAAGAGAAAGAGGAGAAAGAGCAAAAAGAGAAGGAACAGAAAGAAAAGGAUGAAAAGGAGCAAAAGGAGAAGGAGCAAAAGGAGAAAGAACAAAAGGAAAAAGAAGAAAAAGAAAAAGCAAAACAGGAGGGAAGCAAGGAUCAAGGAAAAGAAGGUCAUGACGAGCUGAAAGGUCAAAGUAAAGAUGAUUCUAAAGAUCAGGUUAAAGAAGAAUCCAAAGACAAGCCUGAAAAUAAAGACAAUCAAGAUUCUAACCACAAAAACAACCCAGAAAACUAA